AUGUCAGGCUACCUCUCUCUGGCCAAUCUGACUUCCCUGUCUAUAGCUGGCACUGGCUCAGGCUCAGGCUCAGGCACAGUCACAGGCAAUGCCAAUCUCAGUGCAGCCAUCAGCAGCAGCAACCCGUUCUACUCUGGUUGUCUGCACAAAGUGAUCCCUGAUCGCCCCAAGCGAGUUUGCAACAGUGACGAUGUGCGUCUAUUUGGUUUUGGAAAUGGAAAUGACCAUGAGGAGUACAUGUACGACUUUUGCAGUGCACCUGGAAUCGACUACAUGGAAAUCCGAGUCAUGCUGGCCAACUGGGAAAGCAGCGUCAUUGUGGGGUGGCUUAUUCAAAUCAUACUUAGCGAAUACCUCAGUGUACCCACGACCAUUGAAGCAGGAAGCCACGGAGAAAUUAAAUCUUUUUACGAUCCCCUCUCCAGGCUCGAUUUCAUCAGUCACAAUAACGCAAAUGCCGUCGCGUUCUCCGCACAAAUGGAAAAUGGGGAUUGUCGAUUGGCAGACAAAACAAAAAACAACUACCAACCCUGUGCACACAUAUCCAGUGAAUCAUGGGAUACAGACUCUGAAUGGGUACAAGAGCUAAUCAGGGACAGAAUCAUCAAUGUGGAAUACCUAGGAGUCUUGGCUUUGGAAACGUGGAUGGUCACCAAAUUCACCGCACAGGAAGAACCCGAUGUUUUCUCCUAUCAUGGACUCAUGGGAGAACACAAUCGACACAAGUUGGCUGCCCUCUUCAAGAGACCCACCACAUGGGGGGAAUACUGCCACCAAGUUUCCAAAAAUAACUGUUCGACUCCUGAUCAAACUGCCACACGGCCACCACAAGAUCAGGACGAAGUCAAUCGAUUCUUUCAACAGGAUUCCUACACGGGAUAUUUUCGAUACACCGACAAAAACAACUGUACUCGAUAUCCAGACUCUUGUACAGGACACAUUGCCGAUUUACCUUGUGGCUGGACUUCUCACAUGGAAUCAGUCCUAUACCACCUUAACAUUGCCAUGGAGUCCACUGGACCCUGGACCAGCGCCACACAAAGGAGGAUAUACAUACAAUCAACUGGUGCAAAUGUGGAGAGCAGCUAA